GCUGGUCCGAGUUAAAAGGGGUCAAGGACCACAGUGGUGGUGUAAGCACCCUAUCUACAAUAUUGGUUACAACAAAAUGAAGGGUUUCUAUCUCACCACCGCUCUGUUUAGCGCAGCUUCCGCUGCGUCCAGGCUCUACACUGCGUCAUAUGCGGGUACUAUUGCUACACUGGAGCUCGGCAAGUCCCACGCUGGCUAUGAAUUAACGAAGAUCUCAAGCACAACGGAAGGCGGUCCCAAUCCUUCAUGGCUGAUGCUCGACGCCGAUAACGGCUUGCUAUUCUGCCUAGAUGAGGGCCUCAAAGGACCGAAUGGCACCUUAACGUCCUUCGAAAUCAACUCCGACGGAUCACUGUCCAAAAUUCAUCACGUAGAGACCGUACUAGGCCCGGUCCAGUCCCACUUCUAUUCUGCAGGAGAUCGCAAAUACUUCGCUAUCGCUCAUUACUCUGGGUCAUCCGUUACGACCCAUGCCCUUGAGUCUAGCGGUGUCUUUACUCAUCUCCAGACCUUCACAUAUAAACUGGAUAGUCCUGGUGCAGUCCCCGACCGACAAGAAGCGCCACACCCUCAUGGCGUAAUUGUUGACCCGACAGGUCAAUUCGUCCUCGUCCCAGACCUAGGAGCCGAUCUCGUCCGUAUCUUCCAUGUUAACCCGUCCACAGGGCUGCUGGAACCACAGCAGCCCUUGGCCGUUUCUGCAGGCUCUGGACCCAGGCAUGGCACUUUCUGGACUCCCAAGGGAGCGCGUCCUGGCGCAGCCACAGACACCCGGUUCUACCUGGCAUCGGAGCUGAACAGCCAUUUGACUGGAUACAAAGUGCACUAUACUAGAAACGGAACGAUCGCCUUUGACAAGUUCUUCGAGACAACCGCUUACGGUGGGUCAGAACCGCCAAGUGGUUCUACUGCUGCAGAAAUAGCGAUCUCGCCUGCGAAUAACCAUAUUGUGCUUAGCAAUCGCGGUGACAACACUUUUGGGCCUAAGAAUGACUCCAUCUCUGUGUUCUCCUGCGCUAAUGCUAGGGGAACAUCCUUCGCCGAUGUUACUCAUAUCGGUCUGUACCCAGCCUACGGUUCCGUUCCCCGUCAGUUCGAAAUAUCGGAGGACGACAAGGCGAUUGCGCUGGCAUUGCAGAGCAGCCAUCGUGUGGCGGUAGCUGGCUGGGAUGACCGGAAGGGGCGUGCGGGCCCGCUCCUUGCCGAAAAGGAGUUAGAUGGCGAAAUUGUGUGUGCUGUUUGGGACUCUUGAAAUGGGUGUAGGGAUGCCAGCCUCGGGCCGAUGGGCCGAUCCCAGCUGAUUCCGUUUUUGACUAAGUACUUCUCUGUGACAGUCAAUAAAAGCUAAGGUACAUUCUGGAGAGAUGGAUAGAGGACAAUAUUAGGUCAUAUUCGGCCCACUCGGUGCGGCUAGCGUGUAUUAUAUGUAGGAUGCCAGCCAGCUGCUAUUGCUCCUUCUAGA